AUGACUCCUUCACUACAAGAUGCCAAGGUCUGCUUCGUCGGCGGUGGUAACAUGGCCGCCGCCAUUAUCGGAGGUCUCCUCGCCAAGAACAUCUCCAAGCAGAACAUCUACGUCUCGGAGCCCUGGGAGGUGAACCGAAACAAGAUGGCCGAGACUGGCGUCAAGACCACUGCCGACACCAAGGAAGCCUCUGCCGACGCCGACAUCGUCAUCCUCGCCGUCAAGCCCCAAGUCGCCAAGACGGUCUGUGAGGAGCUAGGUGCCGCCUGGUCUGACCGCGAGAGCCUGCCGGUUGUCAUUUCUAUCGCCGCCGGUAUCACAUUGACCAGCAUCGCCGAGUGGUUCAAGCAGUCCAGCGGUCGUGCCCCUCACAUUGUGCGCGUCAUGCCCAACACCCCCGCCCUGGUUGGAGAGGGAGCUUCUGGCCUGUACGCCGGCGAGGACGUGACAGAAGCCGAGAGGGACUUGACCUCUGCUCUCCUGGGCACUGUCAGCAAGGCCACUGAGUGGGUUGAGAAGGAGGAGCUUCUGGAUGUUGUCACUGGUCUUUCAGGCUCCGGCCCUGCUUACUUCUUCGCCUUUGUCGAGCACUUGAUCGCCAGUGCCACCAGCCUCGGUCUUUCUGAGGAGCAGGCUACCCGCCUGGCCAAGCAGACCUGCUUCGGAGCCGGCAAGAUGCUUGUCGAGUCGUCAGAGGAGCCCGCCCAGCUGCGCAAGAACGUCACCAGCCCCAACGGUACCACCCAUGCCGCCCUGGUGAGCUUUGAGAACUCCGGCCUCAAGGCCAUCGUCGACGGAGCUGUCAAGGCUGCUACCUCUCGUGCCGAGGAGCUUGGAAAGAACUAA